GAACAACUGCACUUGCUGCCCAAGAAGUCGCCUCGCUGCCUCGGUGACCUUUUCUGUUUUCCUUCUGCUUCUCUCCAUCUCGGCCGUGACCUGGCAAACCUUUCGUGACGCGUCUCGUCUGCUCGUCUCGCGGCUGCAAACAUCCAAAUCUCCCGGAGCCUGCUGCUUUGGACGCUGCGCAAGCUCCGGCUUCAGCUCCAGCUUCAGGCUGCGGCACACUCACUCCCGUCGAUACCCGUCUGGCCUCACCGCAUAGCAGCUGCACAUCCCCCCCUCCGGAGGGCAGGACCCAAGCUCUCCAUCUCAUCGGAAGCCCGCUCCUUUCCCCGGAUCUGGGUGGCUCGCCUUCAUUUUCCGUUUCUUCCACAGACCCUAGGGCUGCCAGGCAAAAGCCUCGUUCGUUCCGGAGCAUCUCAUGCAAACCCACCGUUUGCCUGUGAACCCCCCACCACACACUGCGUUAUCGCUGUAGAUUUGGGACUCCUGCACAUACCGCAGCAUGCCACUGCUGCAAGCCUAACGUCUUCAGAUGGGGAACAACAAGCGGAAGACGCCCGCAGCCGUCGCGGGCGGCCCAAAGGAGCGUCACAAGCGCGCCCAGAGGCAUGCCAACGCUUCGCUUUCGCCCCAGCCGCCUCCGGGCCUGGGAGCAAAACGCCCACUCCCUCAGCCCAAGGACAAGCAUCACACCUACUUCGAAUUCGUUGAGAACAAGGACAGAAAGAAGAAACUCGAUUGCGUGAACGUUUCCACCUACAAGCCUCCUCAGGGCUACAGCUACAUUCCUGUCGGUCAUCCAGAACUGACCCGGCUCUGCAAAGAGCUAUCGCGAGAGCAGGGCGUCAAGAUCUAUAUUGUUUCAAACUGCGGUCUUUCCGGAACCCCGAGCUUUGCCAACCAGAUGAGCCGGAUGGGCUUUCAUUUUUCGUCUGCCAUCGUGGACAAGGCCAAAGAGAUGUUGUCCCUGGAUGACCUUUCGUACCCCAUCUCUGGUCCGUCUCGGGCUCCGGAACCCAUUCCAGAGUCACAAGCAGAGUACCACGCGCAGGCCGAUGCCGUGCUGCGGGACCUGUUUCCCCGGAUCCCCAAUACUGACCGCCAGAUCAUCAUCGAUCAUGCGUUCACGCGACGUGACCGCUACAAGGGUGAGCCACCUGUUGGCCUGUCUGCCGACAUGACGCUUGCGCGCAGAGUGCAGCUUGCAGUUCUUGCCCAUAUACGGCAUAGUCAUACUAGGUAUGACGAAUUGCUCAAAGAGAUGCAAUGGAUUGAUGCCAGAAGAAUUGUUCAGUCGACGUGCCUGGAUUUCCUCGUCAAGUGGCGGGGUGACGAAGAGACCGGACGCGACCAGCUCGAAGAGAUCCUGCGAGAGGUUGUCGUCAUCUCAGACUCCGAAGACGAAGAAGAGUCCGCCGACGAGGAGCUGUCGGGUCCCAACCCAGCUGCCCUCACAGGCCCUCAACAACCCGGAUUCUCCACGGCGGCAACUCGAGAGCCUUCGUCCCUAAGCCCGUCCCACCCCGUGGCGCAACCGCCCACCAACAACGUCCGUACUACCCAACGACUUCAGCGACGUGGUUUCAGGAGAUAUGCCGCUGUCCAGGUAGCAUGGGCCGCCGCUCGCGAGCGAAAUCGCGAAGAUCAGAACCAGGAGCCUCCACAAGGCGCGCCGGCAUCUGCCGAGGUGCCCAACGUGACUACGUCCCAUCUCCCCAAUGAGCCUCGUGCCCCCGUGAGCUUUAGCCUACCAGGACGGGCGCCAAGCUCGAAUGGCUACGUUCCGCAUACUGUGAGUCAGGAUGUCUCUGCCAUCCGGGGGCAAGCUCCGUACGCAGAGGUUCACCGUGCUGCCCGCCAGCCUCCUCUCGGUACAUCGGCGCCACGUCCUCCACGCGGUGACAGCCUCAGAGAUUUGGUCGUCCCCUCUAUCGAGGGCCCGGGGUAUGCCGUCUCCGGUGCCUCCAGUAUGUCCGACGAUCGGUUUGUGUUUCCACCGUCUCACCGGGGUGUGGGACCCUACACUGAACCUGUUUCCGUGCCGGUGGUCCACGAUGGGCAGCAUGGCUUCAUCGCGGGACCGCGAAGUGCUAACGACCGGCUGCCAUUCCCGCGCACAAGCCCUCGCGACUAUCACGCUGAAGGCGUUCUCCAGCAUCAGAUGUCUGGACACGAUCAGGGCGUACAUGGCACUGAGCGACGGGUGGAACAAAGCAUUCCUUACCCUCCUCGACCUUACGAUACCCCGCGCGCCGACGGCAAUUCGCAAACCUCUGGACGACCCGCGCCCGAUCGUAUUGUCGUGAAUGCUGCCGCACCGGGAAACCCGUCCAAUCCGAUCGUUAUGGAAGAUCGAGGCGGUUUCUACGAGAGAGUCUCAGUGCCCGAACCUGCCGGUCUGCCUAGCCGUCGAGUGACAGGCGUGCCGGCUCGACACAGGGUCGUCUCAGGGGAAGAAGGCUCCAGGAUCCUGCGAGAAACCCAAGGCGCGCCCGGGGUCGAGAUUAUCCCUCUUUCUCGUCCUGGCAACGCGACUCACUCAAUGCACCCCAACAGUAGCUUGGUGGCAGAUCGUGGUCUCGGACGUCCAUGGGAAGCCGCGCCGCAUCCUGCUCAAGGACAACCCGGUUAUCUUGAUGCAAACCACGGUUAUGCGCCACAGCCAGCAUUGGGACCGUAUCCACCUCCAUCGCCGCACGGUUAUCGGGAAGAGUAAGUUGGGCUGCGUCCCGCGUCACGUCCCGUUGUACGACGCAGGCCUUCUCACAUUGUCUAGGUCGCGAACCGGAGUCUUGCAUUCGGGUCAGCCAUUUCCGGUGCCUUUUCAGGCGGAGCCUCACUACCGUUAGAUAGUUCCGCCGCCGCCUCCAGGCCGCCAUGGCCAUUUCGGCCCGGAAUUUCCUGCUCGCACACCUUAUCCUGACGGAGUCCAUACACUCCGAUGAGCGGUGGUGCGACGUUCGUCGCGUUACCCGUUGACAGUGUCUUGUCUCGGCUUCCCGGCAACAAAGGCUUCAGCCUACACCCGAUGGAUUAACCCCGCGUACUAUUGUUUUGGCGGCAUUUAUGUGUCGCAUGGCGUUUGCAUCUCGUGAUGAAUGGUCGGCGUCGUUGCUGGGACGGAGGUUAGAACGCGGUUGCUCAGCGAUCGAUGCCUUAGUCAAUCCCUCAGAAAUCAUGUCUGAACGAGAAAACGAACGAAUACCCCCCUGCGCGUCUUGGAGACGGCUAGACAGUCUGGAACCAGCUGGCGAUGGAAUCAUGAGCAUUCAGGAUGACGGACGGCAUCAGUGUCUUUUUUUGUCUUUCCUUUGCAGGCAUGGCAGGCGAUGGGACGGCGUUUCGGACUAGAGAGCGAGCAUAUGUUGAGAGGUUUAUCUGCACGAGUACUAGAAGAAUCAUACAAUGUUUGACAUCCCA